ACUGCUUAGCUGCACAGACGCACUAUAUCCCCUCUCUCAUCUUCCGUUCCUCCCUCUCCUCUGAUUCCCACAAUAUAUACAGUCGUCGUCGUCGGAGAAAAUGGUGACGGUGGAGGAAGUUCGGAGGGCGCAGAGGGCGUCGGGGCCGGCGGCGGUGAUGGCAAUCGGGACGGCGACGCCCAAGCACUGCGUGGAACAGAGCACCUAUCCCGACUACUAUUUCCGGAUCACCAACAGCGAGCACAAGACGGAGCUUAAGGAGAAGUUCAGGCGCAUGUGCGACAAAUCCAUGAUAAACAGGCGUUAUAUGUACCUGACAGAGGACAUCCUGAAGGAAAACCCCAACAUCUGCGCAUACAUGGCCCCCUCCCUCGACGCCCGCCAAGACAUAGUGGUGGUAGAAAUCCCCAAGCUGGGUAAGGAAGCCGCCACCCGGGCCAUCAAGGAGUGGGGCCAGCCCAAGUCCAAGAUCACCCACGUCGUCUUCUGCACCACAAGCGGCGUCGACAUGCCCGGCGCCGACUACCAGCUCACCAAGCUCCUCGGCCUCCGCCCCUCAGUCAAGCGCCUCAUGAUGUACCAGCAAGGCUGCUUCGCCGGCGGCACCGUCCUCCGCCUCGCCAAGGACCUCGCCGAGAACAACAAGGGCGCCCGCGUCCUCGUCGUCUGCUCGGAGAUCACGGCUGUCACAUUCCGCGGCCCCAGCGACGCCCACCUCGACAGCCUGGUGGGACAGAGCCUGUUCGGCGACGGGGCGGCGGCCCUCAUAGUGGGCUCCGACCCCAUCCCGGGGGUGGAGAAGCCCUUGUACGAGAUAGUGUCGGCGGCCCAGACGAUCAUACCCGACAGUCACGGGGCGAUCGACGGGCACCUGCGGGAGGUGGGGCUGACCUUCCACCUCCUGAAGGACGUGCCGGGCCUGAUUUCGAAGAACAUCGAGAAGAGUUUGGUGGAGGCCUUCCAGCCUCUGGGGAUCUCGGACUGGAACUCGUUAUUUUGGAUAGCGCAUCCCGGUGGGCCGGCGAUAUUGGAUCAGGUGGAGUCGACGUUGGGCCUGAAGCCCGAGAAGCUUCGGGCGACCCGUCACAUACUGGGCGAGUACGGGAACAUGUCCAGCGCCUGCGUGCUGUUCAUUAUGGACGAGAUGCGGAAGAAGUCGGCGGAGGAGGGGCUGAGGACCACCGGGGAGGGGCUGGAGUGGGGGGUGCUGUUUGGGUUUGGGCCUGGGCUCACGGUGGAGACCGUGGUGCUGCACACCGUGGCUGCUUAGGUUCUGCUGGGCCUGUAUUCUUCUGCAUACUCACUUGGACUUGGCCCAUGUGAAUUUCCCACCUUAAAAAUAUAAAUGUGUGUGGCCUUCUUUGUUUUUGUUUUUGUUUUUAUUUGUUUCUUCUGCGAAGGGUUGAGGCUCCCACUUGGACAUGUGGAUGAGCGUAGGAUUUGAAAAGUCAUGUAUGGGGUUAUGACCUUUGAUAAUAAUAUGAUCUUCUUUUUUUCAAAA